CAAAGAGUAGCGGGAGAAGUUGCAGGUAAUUAAUUUGAUAGCACAUAUUGAUGGCUCUAAAGAAAUCAACACUCUCACUGGAGCCCAGUGAGAGUGACUCUGAGACGUUGCCAGUAUUUGCCUUUCUGAAGAAGGAACCAUCUUCAACAAACAGGAGGCAGCCUCAGAGGGAGGGGAAGAUUGUAGUCGUUGACACCUCAGAUUCUGAAGCCUCCUGUCCUCCAUCACCAAGGUUGAUAGAUCCACCACCUGUCCUAGACACAGCUGAAACUGUCACACAAACACAGCCAGUCCAAGUGCUAAGCAGUGGAAGUGAGGAUGAGGAAGAACUUGUCCCCCUGGCUGAGAGACUUACAUGUAAGUUUUCGACCCACAAGCAGCUGAGCCCUGAGGACUCUAGCUCCCCAGUUAAAAGCAUUUUGGAUCAACGAAAUAAUGAAGGAGUGUCAUGUGACUGGAAUAAACAGCCCUUUCCACAGAUCCCUGACGCUCCCCUCCGUGAUUCCUCAGGGAGGUGUAAAUCAAAUAACAAGGGCCCUCUAGGAGACAGUCCAUGCCAUCAGCUUCCAGCCUCCCAAGCGACCUGCCCUCUCCAGAGCUUCAGUUUGACAGGAACCAAAGCAAAUGCUGAGGUCCCCCUACCUCAGAAGGGAACCAAGCACAGUCAGAAGGUCCAGAGGAGAGGCUCACAGGCAUGCCAGAAGGAAAGCACCCUGAGACACCCGCAAAGGAAAAAAAAGGCAGCACUGGUUAACAAGCCGGAAGCUCAGAGGCCAGAAGAAUGCUUAAAACACAUCGUGGUGGUGCUGGAUCCAGUGCUUCUACAGAUGGAAGGCGGGGGCCAGCUCCUCGGAGCACUGCAGUCCAUGGAGUGCUGCUGUGUGAUUGAGGCCCAGGCCGUGCCCUGCAGCAUCACCUGGAGGAGAAGGGCUGAGCCAGCUGAUGGAGAGGAGGGCUGGGUGGAGGAGCCGAUGGUCCUGGUGCUGCUCCUGGCAGAGGCGUUUGUGUCCAUGAUCCACAACUUCAAGCAGGGAAGUCUAGGCAGCGCCGAGAAAGGGAAGGAAACACUUCGGAGCUUUGUAACCAACAUCAAAGCGAGGACAGGGGGGAAAGCUCUGUCACUGGUGAUGGUGGAUCAGGAGAGAUACUUCAGUGCUCCAUAUCCUCCAAAGAGAAGGAAACAGGGAGUGGCAAACAGAGAACAGGCCAAGGAGAAGAAGAAACAUAGACCACCAGAGGCCAACACAGGGCCCAUGGUGUCCAGGGUGGACAUGGAGGAGGCACUGGUGGAUCUACAGCUGCACACACACGCCCAGGCUCACGUCGUGCAGAGCUGGAAGGAGUUGGCUGACCUCGCGUGCUCAUUCACAAAGGCUGUGGCAGAGGCGCCCUUCAAGAAACUCCGAGAGCAAACUAGUUUCUCCUUCUGCCUGGAGAGUGACUGGGCCGGAGGGGCAAAGGUGGACCGUGCUGGCAGGGGGCUUGCUCAGGUCUGGAGGAGGCAGGUCCAGCAGCUGAACCGAGUCAGCCUGGAAAUGGCCAGCGCUGUUGUGGCCGCCUACCCCUCCCCACAGCUCCUGGUCCAGGCUUAUAGGCGGUGUUUUUCAGAGCAAGAACGCCAGAAUCUCCUUGCAGACAUACAGGUGCGCCGUGGGGAAGGUGUGACAGCCACCUCCCGCCGUGUUGGACCAGAGCUGUCCAGGCGUAUCUACCUUCAGAUGACCACACUGCAGCCAGAUCUCUCUUUAGACAGUACAGACUGA